CAUGUGAUGGUUCCAGCGAUAUGACUACCUCGCAGUAUCUUCAUUCCCUUUGCUUAUUUUGGAUCGGAAUAGUGCUAGUACUGCCGUGUCGUGGGCAACAUCGUGGUUCCUGGAGGUCUAAACCAACAGCGGCAUCACGAUGGGGGACUGUGGGUGUUCGCCAAACUAAAACAUUCAGCCAACCACCCAGCCCUUAUUGUGAUCAUUACCAGAACUGUCUGACGACUCACACCACCCACAGAAGGACGGGUCAACGGUGCAGUUCCUCAAGUGCCUACCUGCAAUGUCUCACCCAAGCCAGGUUGAAAUGUGAUGCAACUAUGCUUCCCCGAAAGAUGGACAUGAUUUAUAAUUAUUUGCAGAGUACUUGCAGAAGCCAUUGCCAAGAUAACAAAGACAAAUGUAACAUGAGUGGAAAAGGAGGCACCUCGGGGAACUUUGCGGACCGCAAUGAUCAGAAUACGAAGACAAACGUGACGGAAAAGGAAAGAAAGGAGAAAGAAAGGGAAAAGAGAGAAAAGGAGGAGAAGGAAAGAAUGGAAAAGAAAACGAAAGAAUUGCAUGAGAGGGUGGAACUUGCAAAGAUGCAGAAAGAAAAAGAAAGAAAGGAGAAGGAACGGAAAGAAAGGGAAAAAAGGGAAAAUGAGGAGAAGGAAAGAAUUGAAAAGAAAAAUAAAGAAUUGCAUGAGAGGAUGGAACUUGCAAAGAUGCAGAAAGAAAAAGAAAGAAAGGAGAAGGAACGGAAAGAAAGGGAAAAGAGAGAAAAGGAGGAGAAGAAAAUAAUGGAAAAGAAAACGAAAGAAUUGCAUGAGAGGAUGGAACUUGCUAAGAUGCAGAAAGAAAAAGAAAGAAAGGAGAAGGAACGGAAAGAAAGGGAAAAAAGAGAAAAGGAGGAGAAGGAAAGAAUGGAAAAGAAAACGAAAGAAUUGCAUGAGAGGAUGGAACUUGCAAAGAUGCAGAAAGAAAAAGAAAGAAAGAAGAAGGAACGGAAAGAAAGGGAAAAAAGAGAAAAGGAGGAGAAGGAAAGAAUGGAAAAGAAAACGAAAGAAUUGCAUGAGAGGGUGGAACUUGCUAAGAUGCAGAAAGAAAAAGAAAGAAAGGAGAAGGAACGGGAAGAAAGGGAAAAAAGAAAAAAGGAGGAGAAGGAAAAAAUGGAAAAGAAAAUGAAAGAAUUGCACGAGAGGAUGGAACUUGCAAAGAUGCAGAAGGAAAAAGAAAGAAAGGAGAAGGAACUGAAAGAAAGGGAAAAAAGGGAAAAGGAGGAGAAGGAAAGAAUGGAAACGAAAAUGAAAAACCUGAAUGAGAGGAUAGCAAUUGCAAAUAUGCAGAAAGAAAUGGAUAGAAAGGAGAAGGAACGGAAAGAGAGGGAAGGAAAGGUCGAGCAGCUGGAAAACGAACGAAAUGAAAAGGAAAGAAGGGGCGAACAACUGAAAGAAAAUGGAAAGAUCCACGAACAAAACAACAAUGACAACCAUGGGGGAUCGCAAAUAAAAAAUGAUUUAACCCUGAAACCAAACUUCAUUUCUCCUGUUACCUCGGAGACGACAAGGGACAUUCUCAUCGACAAACAAGAAACUUCGUUGAUGGCCUCAACGAAACAACCAAGCGAAGCUUUUACCGGGGAUGCUGACACCACACUUGUCGGUGACACGGAUGGUGACUAUGGAGACGAGGACCAUGCCGAUGAUGCCGAUGAUGCCGAGGCUGAACGUUUAACAGGAGCGAUGGCAAGUGCAAAUAGAUGGGAUAUCCUUGGCAACAACAGCGGUGCGUCAUUUGGCGAUGUCUUCAGUACAGUCUGCUUUGCAGCCGCAGCGGCGACUCUAUUUUACUCAGUUAUAUGGGGCGGUGGGGUAGCCUAGUGGUUAAAGCGUUCGUUCGUCACGCCAAAGACCCAGGUUCGAUUCCCCACAUGGCUAAAAUAUGUAAGCCCAAUUUUUGGUGUCCCCCGUGGUGAUAUUGCUGGAAUAUUGCUAAAAGCGGCGUAAAAUUCGCUCUUGGCAAUUGGAUUUGUUUUCUAACUUUUACAAUUAUUCGUUUACUUGUAUAUCGUACGUGUUCUUAAAAUAAUUAAUCUUUUAAAAAGCCUGCAUCGGUUAUAAUAACUCAAUACGUGUAAGAAAUUGAUAUCGGCCAAGUACUUCAUCUCUGACGUUCCUCGAGCGAGUCAUCCAUGACAAGAAGACAUAGUUCUCGUGUCUUCACAAAGGAAACUAUUGAAAACCUCUGUCUUUUAGUCGACAGUACUCCACGGGUUGUGACCACCUUGCUUUUUCUGUUAUUACAGUAUUGCAAUAUAAUGUUCCUGUUUACAUGUAUGAAUACACUGUCAUGUUUGAAUUUAUACUAUGGCAUUAAAUCGGCUACUGGCACAUUAUUUCAACUUGCUGAU